GCCACGCCCACACUGUAUGGCGCGAAUUUUUUUUUCUUCCGCGAAGACGGUUUUUAACUUGAUGUGUAAACAUGUCGGAGUUCAACAAAAAGUCAACAGAAGAUUAAAUAACGCUGGAUAGAUGUAUAAGCGGCCAUCUUGGAUUUUGGGAAGCGGAGUUAUUUGCUAAACUGGUCCGCUUAGUGAACAUUAGGUACAUUUUUGCCGCUCGUCUUGGACCCUGUGUAUGUUAGAGCAUCAUGGCGGACGCGCUGUCGGAGGCCAGCGAGCUGAGUGGAGGAGAGGAGAGCCAGGAGGAGGACGUGCUCACCCCGGCCGAGCUCAUCGCCAGGCUGGAGGAGGCCUGGCUUAACGAGAAGUUUUCUCCCGAGCUUCUGGAGAACAGAUCCGAGCUGGUGGAGUGUGUGAUGGAGCAACUCACACACAUGGAGGAGAAUCUGCAGCGUGUGAGGAAGGGCGACCUGAAGGCCAGCGUCCACCGCAUGGAGAUCGACCGCAUCCGCUUCGUCCUCAGCAGCUACCUCCGCUCACGACUGCAGAAGAUUGAGAAGUUUUUCCCUCACGUGUUGGAGAAGGAGAAAUCGCGAGCCGACGGCGAUCCCUCGUUCCUCUCUCCCGAGGAGUUCGCCUUUGCCAAAGAGUAUCUAGCGAAUACAGAAGUGUACCUGAAGGCUGUGGCGCUGAGACACAUGCCUCCUAACCUGCAGAGCGUCGACAUGCUCAAAGCAGUUCCAGAGCCGUGUCUGGACUCCUUUGUGUUCCUGCGUGUGAAAGAGCGGCAGGAGAACAUCCUUGUGGAGCCUGAGACUGAUGAACAGAGGGAGUAUGUGGUGGACCUGGAGGAAGGCUCGCAGCAUCUGAUGCGUUAUCGCACUAUAGCGCCUCUAGUGGCCAGUGGUGCAGUGCAGCUGAUCUAGCACAAUGAAAUAAAAUGGACACUGAGACUGACGGCGAUGAUGAUGAUAUGUUGAUGACUGUAUAUUAUUUUAUAUUUCAUAUGCAUUUCUAUUGUAUUUGUAAUUGCGCUUAUUACGAAAAUGAUCUGUUUAAAAAAAAAAUACAAGCUUCCUGGCGGAGAUUGUGUUUUUUUUUUUUCCCCAUGUCUCUAUCUAUUUUCAGAAAUCUUAUGUUAGUUUAGUGAAGUUUCUUUCUGUCGUUUUGUCGUGACGUUAAUGUGGCUAACAAGUACGAAUUUAAAAACGUUUAAAGCCUGCGCUGUAGUGUAACGCCCCAAAGCCGUUGUUUGUCAGAUUGUUUGUCCGUUUUUCAUGUUUGUUUUUUUUUCCCACGAUCGUGAUUGCCUUUUCACUUUGUCACGAAAUCUUCUCCAUACAGAUAAACCUGUUCAAGAGGAAGAAUAAUUUUCAAUUCUUGCUUUGUUUAUAAUUAACCUUUAUACAGUAAAAGCUCACAGUCUUAUAA